UCGAUGCCGAGCACCUCGGACGCGGCGGCCGGCGGGAGCGGGGGAAGCCGGGGCUGGGGCAGUGGCGGCGGCAGCAGCUCAGCGGUGGAGGCGGCGGCCGACAAGAAGCGGCUGCAUCACCGGAGACGGAAGCGCUUCACGGCCCAGCCGCAGCCCCCCCCUCCGCCGCCGGCCCCUCACCCGCUGCUCUUCCCGCUGCUGCAGCCGCCCCUCCUGCAGCCCCCGCUCCUGCAGCCGCCGCUGCCGCCGCAGUCCCUGCUCUUCCUGGCGGCCACCGGCGCCUCCUCCUGCUGCGGGGACGGGGGGGAGCGGAAGCGGCCGCGGGGCAAGCGGCGCUCGGGCUCUCGGCACAAGCGGCGGCGAGGCCGCGGGGGCGGCGGCGGAGGCGGCGGGACCCAGGAGGUGGAGAAGCGGCGCGGUAGCGGGGGUCUGAGCACGCUGGUGGAGGAGUACGACGACGUGAGCUCCCAGUCCGAAGGGCUGGUGGGCGGCGGCGCGGCCGGCGGCGGCGCGGGCAGCGGCGGGGGGAGCCCGGCCUCCUCCUCAGGCGGUGGCGGCGGGACCCAGCGUCAGCGGGGCGAGGCGGAGCGGAGCGGCCGGUCCCGCCGGGAGCACCGCGGCAGCAGCGGCCGCUCCAAGGAGCGGCACCGGGAGCACCGACGGCGGGGGGAGGAGAAGGCGCAGCAGGAGGGGGCGGCGGCGGGCCGCGGGGGACCCGAGGCCUCCUCGUCCUCCUCCAAGUCCCGCAGCCGCCACAACCACACUGGGGGCCAGGACCGGGAGGGACUCAAGAGCAGCAGCAGCGGCGGCAGCGACGGCCGCAGGAAGGGCUCCCUUGCCUCGCCCAGCAGCGGCAGGAAAGAGCGGGAGAGCAAAGCGCACCGCAGCCGGACUAAAGCAGCCAAGGAGCCGCCCUCGGCUUACAAGGACCCGCCGAAGGCCUACCGAGAUGACAAGCCCGAGCCCAAGGCUUACCGGCGGCAGCGCUCGUCCCCGAGCCCCGGUCGGGAUGACAGCCCCCCGCUGCACCGCUCCUCGCAGAGCCAGCGGAGCCGCAAGUCGCUCAGCCCGGUGGGCGGCCGCUCGCCCCUCAGCCCUUACAGCCGCCGCCGCUCCCCCAGCUACAGCCGGCACAGCUCCUAUGAGCGCGGCGGGGACGUGUCGCCCAGCCCCUACAGCAGCUGGCGCCGGUCGCGGAGCCCCUACAGCCCCGUUAUCCGGAGAUCAGCAAAAUCUCGAAGCAGAAGUCCGUAUUCAUCGAGGCACUCGAGGUCUCGUAGCAGACACAGAUUGUCUAGAUCCAGAAGUCGUCAUUCAAGUAUUUCUCCUAGUACAUUAACUCUGAAGAGUAGCCUGGCUGCUGAGCUGAACAAAAACAAAAAAGCAAGAGCUGCUGAGGCAGCCAAAGCCAGUGCAAAAGCUUCCAAUACUUCAACACCUACUAAGGGAAACACUGACACUGCUGUAAGUGCACCUCAAGUGAACAAUGUAAAGGACCUGAAGAAAAUAAAAACCGAGCAUACACCUUCUCCUACAAGCAGCGCAAAUUUGAAAAAUGACAAGGCAAAAGCAAAGGUCUCACUUCCUGAAACAAAAGGAGAAAAUAAUUUAAUUGCAGACAAAAUUACUAAACAGAAACCUACAGCAGUAAAAGAGAAUAAACUAACUGUUGUGAAACAGCCAUCAGUCACUGUAAAAGAGAAAAGCAAACCAAGUACACCAAGUGUAGUAACCAAGGAGAAAGAUCGAGUUGUUGCAUUACCAACCUCCACACUGCCACCCUUGCCUUUGCCUCCCACGCUGCCUGAAGAUAAAGAAACUGAUAGUUUGCGAGAGAAUCUUUCAGUGAAGUCAGUUAAGGAAGCAGAGAAGAAACUUCGCCAUCUGCUUGCAGAUUUGCCGCUUCCGCCAGAGUUGCCUGGAGGAGCUGACUUGUCCAAAAGUCCUGAAGAAAAGAAACCAGCAGUUCAGUUACACAGCAAGAGAAGACCAAAAAUAUGUGGACCACGACAUGGUGAAACAAAAGAAAAAGAAAUAGACUGGGGAAAGCGCUGUGUGGAUAAAUUUGAUAUCAUUGGUAUUAUUGGUGAAGGCACUUACGGCCAGGUUUACAAAGCCAGAGAUAAAGAUACAGGGGAAAUGGUGGCACUAAAGAAGGUACGUCUGGAUAAUGAAAAGGAAGGGUUUCCAAUUACAGCUAUUCGAGAGAUUAAGAUUCUUAGACAGCUUAAUCACCAAAGCAUUAUCAACAUGAAGGAAAUAGUGACAGAUAAGGAAGAUGCUUUGGACUUCAAGAAGGACAAAGGUGCUUUUUACCUGGUAUUUGAAUAUAUGGACCAUGACUUGAUGGGACUGCUGGAAUCUGGUUUGGUUCAUUUUAAUGAAAAUCAUAUUAAAUCUUUUAUGAGACAGCUGAUGGAGGGCUUGGCCUAUUGCCAUAAGAAGAACUUUUUGCACAGAGAUAUCAAAUGUUCGAAUAUUCUACUAAAUAAUAGAGGGCAGAUAAAGCUUGCAGAUUUUGGGCUUGCUCGGCUGUACAACUCUGAAGAAAGCCGACCAUAUACCAACAAAGUUAUUACACUGUGGUAUCGGCCUCCUGAACUUCUGCUUGGAGAAGAAAGAUACACGCCAGCUAUUGAUGUCUGGAGCUGUGGCUGCAUCCUGGGUGAACUUUUUACAAAAAAGCCAAUAUUUCAAGCAAAUCAAGAACUUGCUCAACUGGAACUGAUAAGCCGAAUUUGUGGGAGUCCUUGUCCAGCAGUGUGGCCUGACGUUAUAAAAUUAGCUUAUUUCAACACAAUGAAACCAAAGAAGCAGUAUCGUCGAAAACUGAGAGAAGAGUUUGCUUUCAUCCCACCAGCUGCAUUAGAUUUAUUCGAUUAUAUGCUUGCUCUGGAUCCCAGCAAGCGCUGCACAGCCGAACAGGCUCUCCAGUGCGAGUUUCUGCGAGAUGUGGAACCAUCUAAAAUGCCUCCUCCAGACCUUCCAUUGUGGCAGGAUUGCCAUGAGCUGUGGAGUAAGAAGCGCAGAAGGCAGAAGCAGAUGGGCAUGACUGAUGACUCAACAGCAGCUAAAGUCCCUAGGAAAGAUCUGUCUCUAGGCAUGGAUGAGAGCAGAACCAACACCCCACAAGGCAUGCAAACUUCUUCCCAACUCAAAACUCAGGGCAACUCUAGUGUAGCACUUGCAAAAACAAGCACUGGACAGCAGUUAAACCAGAAUGAAGUGGCAAUCCUGCUAAACCUGCUACAGUCUAAAACAAGUGUUAGUUUGGCACAGUUUGCCCAAGUGUUGAAUAUUAAGGUAAACCCAGAGACUCAGCAGCAACUAAAUAAAAUAAAUCUUCCUGCUGGAAUUUUGUCAGCAGGUGAAAAACAGUCAGAACAGCAGCAGCAGCCGCCGCCGCCUCCACCACCACUGCCGGAACAGGAGCCUCUAAAACAGUCGACGGUCACGCAGCCCCCUGUACCACCUGCUCAGCUGAGUCAGCCUAAGGUUGAGACUGAUGCUGCCCAGGCAGCUGUCCAGAGUGCAUUUGCUGUUCUGUUGUCUCAGUUAAUAAAGGCUCAGCAAACAAAACAAAAAGAUUUUGUGUUGGAGGAGAAGGAAAACGGAUCAGGAAAUGAAAUGUCAUUACAACUCAGGCAGCCUCCAGAGCCCGCCACUCCUGUGUCUGUCAGCCGGGAUGACGUGGAAUCUCCGGCACCCAGCUACCCACAUCUGAUCAAGUCGUUAUAUACAUCUGCAGGUCAAGAGGAUUUGGUUAGGCAGUCUGAGAUGAGGCUUCUAAACCGAACACCUGAACAAGAACGCCCUCGGAUCUUGCCUCCAGACCAGCGUCCCCCAGAGCCACCGGAGCCUCCACCUCUCACUGAUGAAGACCUUGAUUAUCGGACAGAGAACCAGCAUUUGCCUAUAACUAACUCUUCAGGAACAGAUCCUCACGCAGGAGUGAAAGCAGCUCUUCUGCAGCUGCUUGCUCAGCAUCAAGCUCAGGCAACAACAGAGGAGCCAGUACAAACGAGCGUGGAUUAUCAGGCUAGAGACUCCUACGUAACAGGCCCAGACUACAAGGAUAACUUUGGAUCAUCUUCCUUCUCAUCUGCCCAUUAUGGCAGUAGUGAUGGAAUAGGAAGUGGAUCAUCAGGAGCAUUAGAAAGAAGGAGCUUCCUUGGAAACUCAGAUAUUCAGUCUUUGGAUAACUACAGUACUGCUUCAUCUCACUCUGGUGCUGCCCCUCCUCCGUCAGCCUUUUCAGAAUCCUUUCCCAGCUCAGUAACUGGUUAUGGAGACAUUUACCUCAACACUGGCCCCAUGCUAUUUAGUGGAGAUAAAGACCAUAGGUUUGAAUACAGCCACGGCCCGAUCCCGGUUCUGGGGAGCAGCAGUGAUGCUUCCGCGGGGCCAGAGAGUACGCACUCUUUGCCCGCAAAGAUGCACAACUAUAGCUACGGAAGUAACUUACAGGAAAAUCCGAGUGGCAUCAGCCACAUGCAUGGACAGACUUGGACUUCUCCUGCCCAAGGACCUGGCUAUUCCCAAGGAUACAGGGGACACAUUAGCACAUCUGCAGUGAGAGGGCGCGGCAGAGGAUUACCAUAUUGAGUAUCUGUUUUUCCUCAGGCACAUCAUUUUUAUCUGGAAAAACUUCUUUUUUUUUUUUUUUUUUUUUUUUCCUAGCUGCAGUUUAAAGCAGCAGUUCAACAGACUUGAAUAAUGUUAAUUCAACAGCUUUAUUUUUAUGUGGAAAAGGGUCUUGCAUACAGUAGGAAAAAUUAAAAAUGCUUAAAACUCAUGCUGUCUGAAAACUAGAUAAAUUGAUUGUACAUGUUCACAAACUCUAGUUCUGAAUUUUAUUUUGUAUUUUGGCAGUUUUAAGUGGAUGCUAAAUUUAGGGACAUCAGCUUUUUAUGGCACUCUUUCAGAUCUUCUGAACUAUGCACAUUUGUGCUUUUUUUGUAAGUUUGGACCAACUUUUAUGUAAAAAAGAAAUUUUACAACAAUCAAAGCAGGGCACUGAUUUAUUUGGUAUUUUUCUUUUUACAGAACUACCUUUAGUCAGAGGUCACUGUCAGUCUUUGCACUGCUUUCAGUGUUAUUGUGGAAGGUGUACUUUGUGCUCAUUUCAGAUAAUAAAACACAACCUUUCUCUUGAUGCAAAAUUUUAUAAAUAUUUGUUCAAUGUUAUUUUUUUUCCUUCCAAGAAAAAAGAAAAAAAAAAAAAGAAUGGAUAUUCUGGUAAAAUGUUCUUUCCAUCUCCCCAGGCUUGUUUAUAUAAAAACUGUUUUACUUGAAUGGUAAGUGCCUUAACAUGUAAGCUUAAGGUCUGCAAAAGUUUGAAGUACUUCAUAGAUUGAUGUGAAAAAUAAUACCUAAACCUAAGUAGUUAACAUGAAAAUUCAGAUAAUAGGCAACUCAAAUAGGUCAUAACGUUGUGCUGUUUACUUCAGGUGGGCCAGUUAUUUAGACACCUAAUCUUAUCUCGAUUAAAUUAUAAUUUUCAAAUUGAUCUUCAUGAGAAACGUUGAAAGUGAGGAGAAGAAUGAAGAGUGUAGUUUUUCCUCAGCUCCCUCUUGGAGUUGUAGUAAGUGUUUUAGUUCCUCUGCCAAAUAAACUGUACUUAUAUGUCCUUACCAAGUGAUGAAAUAGUUUUUUCUCUAAAUGUCAACAGCAGUAAUUACUUUGUGUGAGAAGCUGACACUGUCAUCUUUUUACCACAAAUACUGCAUUAUAGGAAGUAACCAAAGGAAAAAUGACCGUUAUUUAAAGCAACAGCAAAAUGUUUGACACUAGUUCUAAUUCUCUGUAAACUUGUGAUUGUGCCAAUUAAUUGAUUUUAUAUCUGCUAUUCCACAGAACGUUUUAAUAUUGGAAUAUAGUCUCUCUGAACAACUGAUAAAAUGACUGUAGUUAAAACUCUUUACCAGGAGCCACUCGUCAUAUUAAUUAUAACUUCCAGCAUGGUUUUGUUUUUUUUUUUUCCUUGGACAACAAGUGGUCUCUCUGCUGCAGAGAGGAGGUAUGGUUAUAUUUUGCAUGUACGUAAAAGAAUGUUUUAAAGCCCAUAUUGGAAACAAUUUUCCAACUGAUUAUCCAGUUGACAAAUCGGUACCUUAUGUAACUGAGUGUUUAAUUAUUACUUUUUAAAAAGUAAAAUUUCUACUUACACUAUUACAAAUGUAGUCUUGUCAGUGACUUUUUGGAUUUUCAGAAUAGAAGCCAAAGUUGUUGGUGUUUUGGUUUGGUUUAGUUGAAAAUCCUGGUUCAUAUAUGGCUAACUACUACACUGUAGAGCAUGGAGAAACUCACUUGGCUAACUGUGUAGCGUUUGAGGAUCUGGCAGAUGAGAAAUGGAGAGAGUCAUGCUGCUUACGAUGUCCCUGUAAGUCUGGCAGUUGCCUUCACUAGACACGGUAGAUAAUCCCACGAUCUGAAAAUAAAAGUGGCCCAGUCAGAAACAAGUACUUGUGACCUGAAUAGCCUAUGCUUAAGAAAAACAAAAGCUUCAUGUAUGAAUGGAUACUUUUCCUUGACUAAGGACACCCCUGUAGCAUUUUUCUGCUAGUAAAAUUUUGAAGGCAAAAAUCAUUAGUGUCAUUUAGAUACGGACAGUGUCAGCUAAGGCUUUUUGUUACUACUUAAAAAAAAAACCAGAAACCAAAACCAAAAACAACCAGAAAACAAUCCCACAGUGAUACACACAGAUUGCUUUUUUUAAGAAUCCAGCAAAAAACAUUCAGAUUUUUUUAGGCAGUUGCUUUCACUAAAAAUGUGCAGUCUGGUGUUACUCCCCUGUGCUUCAGAUGCAACUGCCGGUGAUAGCUAAAAAAGCAGGUAAGUUCAAAUGGAAGGUAGAACUCAGAGGACUACAUUAUUUGACUUCUGAUACAAAAAAAAUGCAAGGAAGACAUGUUUCUUACUGCUUCCCUUUUUGGAGGUGAAUUUUCAAAUCAUUUAGUUCACCUCAUUUAACACAGAGAAGUCAGUCCCCUCUGACUGUGUGAGCGACGGUGCAGUUUCCUUACAGGCUGGCAGUACUCUGAUGUUGCAUUGUUCCGCCAAAAUGGAUUUCAGUCUUCGGCCAUGGGAAUAAAUACAUUUAAAUUUAUUUUUUUUUAAAAAAGCAGCACAAGUAAUCCGAACUAUGAGGGGAGAGAGAAGGAGAUGCAAUAGACAGUUGACUUCCCAGAUGAAUCAGAAACCAAACCCUGGACACUGUGGCUGUUGUGUGCUGCGCAAUGACUUCUCCCCAGGUCACUUGAAGGAUUACUGGCCUGUGACUUUGAACACUCUAUUUGCCUGGGACAACAGUGUUGGGGUAAUUUGGAGGGAGAUGUUUAACAUAUUUCCGUAUACAAUAACUGGAGAGAUUACCUUCCAUGCAGCAUGGGGGAUCUUGGCUCUCGCUGGCAGCCUUCCCUCUCCUGGGCAGGCGGAGGCUGCGUGUGGGGCUGGAGCUCUGCCCUCCCGUUGUGGGCAGCCCCUGGGUGCAUGGCAGGAGGGUUUCUCCCUGCGGCCACAUUCCCCUGGCCUCGGAGUUGGCGCCUGGGCAGGUUAGCAGCCAGGGAACUGGUCGGAUCUAAGGACUGUGAGUCCACGUUCAUUUGUACCGGACCUGUGUAUUACCUAUCAAAAUUUCUUCUAAAUUAAAUCAUGACAAGGUGCUUAUGUCAAUUCCAAAUUUUACCCUUUUGAAUGAACAAAAAUUUCACUCGGCAGAGUGAGUCUGUACUAGUUUGGCAUUUUACAUAUAUGGCUCUUGCAUUUUUGAUGCAGUAGUAGGCAUUCUGAAAAUUACAUUAUUUUUCUGUGGAGCUGUGGCUUUUGUUUCUUUCCCUCCCAAUCCUUUGGGUUUACAUUUUCUGUGCUGCGAUUCCAAAGUGUGCUACAGAGACCUGGACACUACAUCGAAAAGUAAGUGUUGUGUGUUUGUAUUUCUAAAUAAACAUAGCAAAAUACUGUAAUCAAGUACUAUCAAGUAGCAAGUACUUCAUUAUUUAUAUUAAGUGGUCUUUAGCCAUACCAAGAGGAAGAAAGCGAGCACAACAGGACUGCUAUGACCAUGACUUAAAACGCUUAAGACUAUUAUAAUACUUAAAAUCAGCCAAAGGAAAAGGAAACAGCUUUUGUCAUGGAUUGCUAGUGGUUGUUACCUUGAACAGAAAGAAGCAGUGUUAGGGAAGAGGUGUAAAAAUACAUGUAUCAUUAAAUGUUAAUAUAAUUUCUUGGGAAAAUAAUUUUUAAAUGGCAAACUUCUAUAUUUUCUUAUGUUUCCAUAAGGCAUGGUCUAUGUUAAAAUUUCUCCAUACCACGGUAGUGUAAGGUGCUUCCUAGAAGCAGAGGCGAUAAGUGCUGUAAUGUAAGUUCUUAGGGGUUUGAGUGCUCUUCUCCUUUUGCUUGGUGCAGGAGGCAAGGUUCUGUUUUGGUGAGGUUUACAGUUGGAUGAGUUUAGUAGGUAAUUGUGCAGUAAAACCUGAAGUAACGUUAGGAUACCCCUUAUCUGCGGGCACAUUAGAUCUCAGACCAUGAAUUCUGUUUCCUAAAGAGAAAAAUCUCAGAUGUAUUUCUGGCAUUAUUCUUUUUGUUAAUAAACACGCAGGUGUUUUACAUACAACAUUUCUCCAGUCUGUUCUGUUACACUGUUUUUCACAUGGGGAAAUUUGGCUGUUGCCCUUCUUGAUGGUUUUGGGAUGCUCUGUAUAUGCGGAAGUGUGUCAUGAAAUUAAGGAAUCACCAGAAAAGUGAUUUGAAUUCUGUUUUUAAAAAUGAAAUUACCUUGGGUUGGCUUAAAAUCGAACUAACUUUUGCUUAUCAGGGUGAAGAAUACUUUAUUGCAGGAGUUAUUUCAAGACAACCUAAUUUAAAAUAAUCAAACUGUUAUGCUUCAGCUUGCUUACUCUUUGUUAUUUUAAGCCAUUUGUAUAUAAAAUGUAUUGUGCGGCCUGUAAAUAAAAUACAUGAAAACUUGAA